AACACGGCGGGCGAGCGGGCACUGCGGCACCUCAUCAGGAUGCAAGAAACUCCGAGCGCCGCAUCCCUCGUCGCACGCAUCAGCGGGCGGCGGGCACAGCUCGCCGACACCUUGACGCGGCUGCGGGACAUCGCGGGCGCUCCAGUCCGCUACACGGCACCUCCUCCGCCGAAUGAACCGCCAGUCGUGGUUGCUGAGCUGUUGGUGAGCAACCUGAGUGCCAAGAGGAACGUCCAGCCAACAGUGGCACGCCAGCUCACAGAACAUCACUGUGACGAGCGCUACCACGGCUGGGCACGCCUCUACACUGACGGCUCGGUGCGUGACUCCACCGGGACGGCGACAGCAGCGGCGUUCCGCGAGGACACAGGGAGGACCGCUGCGGAGCGCCUGACGUUCCAUGCCUCAUCGACCACGGCAGAACUCGCGGCGCUGCAGCUUGGCCUGCGACUCCUCGACGAGAACGAGCCGGCUCGGGUCGUCGUACUGGCGGACUCGAGGGCGGCGCUGGGCCUCCUCCGCUCCCCGGACCGUUCACCACUGCUGGCCAGGGAGGUGGUGGCGCGCGUGGGCGAGCUUCAGGUCAAGGGCUGGACCAUCGCCUUCCAGUGGCUACCGUCACACUGCGGGACGUCCGGCAACGAGAGGGCGGACCAACUGGCUGCCUGGGCCCACGACGACCCUGGAUGCCCCCUCUCGCCAGUCCCGCCGUUCGCGGACGCACGUCUGCUUGUGCGGCGGCGAGUCGCGCUGAGCCACCCCGAGCUCGAGCGCGGGCCGCUUCCUCCCAGGCUCCCCAGGCGGCUGACGAGGGGCGUGGCGGCCGUCCUGCACCGCCUGCGUACCGGCUCCAGCUUCACACCCGCCGGGCGCGCGAGGUGGAGGACCGACCUCGAUGACAGCUGCGGGCACUGCGGCGCCCACGGAGACGCAGAGCACCUGAUGUGCCAUUGCCCGCGCUUCUCAGACGCGCGGGCGAACUUGGGGCACGCAUACGGUGCCCUCGGCUGCCCCAGCGGCACUCUGGACGAGUUGCUGCGACCCGGGCUGCCCCGGGCAGGGACAGAGCGGGCGUUCCGUGCGCUGGCCACCUACUUGGUCAGCACCGGCCUCACAGACGUUAUGUGAACGCCCAGGGCU